AUGAUCUUCAGGUUGAAGCUGAAGUGUGAUCGAGUAUUCCCCUGUCAGUCCUGCGUGAAGCGCGGCUGUGAAGGCAUAUGUCCCGAAGGAUCCUUGGUGUCUGGAAGAGGGAGUCGGUAUAUACUGGCGAAUACGGAACAGCUCCAUGAGAAAAUAAUUCAACUGACGGAUCGCAUCCGGGAGCUCGAAGACGCGCUAAGGGUGACGUGCGAAGAACACGCACGUUGUCUAAAUCCGAAGUUACCACCUCUUGACCCUCCUCACCCUCUCCUAAGGGAGGAUUUGCUCCUAAUAAAAAAUCAACUUGAGCUCUACGGCCUCGACAGAUCCCAGCUUGGUUCAAGGUCUUCGGAUUCCCAGUACUUUAGUGACGGCAGUGACUUGGACCCAAGGUUAGGAGGCGAUCAGCAUCAACCAUAUUCGCCGCUUGAGAUGCCAUAUCCGAACUCUGCUCAGCAGCUGAUGGAACCAGCACACGCGCGACAUGUCAGAGGCCAUGUAAGUUUCCUAAUCGCUCUUUCGUAG